AUGGGGCGGCGAGAAUACGAGGACACAAGGGUUGCUCUGUGGGAAAAUGAGCUCCCCUUUCCACAUAAGCAGGAAGCUAGGAUGUGGAGAGCUGGGGUCAGGCAGGGCCGCAACCAAGCAGAACUGAACCCCCAGCCAGAUCACCCACCAACUCAGACACUGAGCGAAGCCAGGAGGAGCUGGAGCAAGAGGAGACCAGGUGGGAAGCUGGUCGCUGAGCACCCAGGCCUGCGCGUGGUGUGGGUGCCCGCGGACCUGGGCUCGGAUGCCGGCCUUCAGCAGCUGCUUGGAGCCCUGCGUGACCUCCCCAGACCCGAAGGGCUUCAGCGGCUGCUGCUUAUAAACAACGCUGCCACUCUUGGGGAUAUUUCCAAAGGCUUCCUGAACCUAAGUGACCCAGCUGAAGCAAACAGCUACUGGGCUAUGAACUUGACUUCCAUGCUCUGCCUGACCACCGGACUACUGAGGGCCUUCCAGGACUGUCCUGGCUUGAUCAGGACUGUGGUUAACAUCUCAUCCAUCAGUGCCCUGCAGCCCUUUAAGGGUUGGGCAUUGUACUGUGCAGGGAAGGCUGCCCGUGCCAUGUUGUUCCAGGUCCUGGCUGCAGAGGAACCAAGUGUGAGGGUGCUGAGCUAUGACCCAGGUGUCAUGGACACAGACAUGCAGAAGUUGGCCCGGGAGACCUCAAUAGAUCCAGACUUACGAAAAUGGCUACAGGAUCUGAAGACAAAGGGGGAACUGGUGGAUUGCGGGGUGUCAGCCCAGAAGCUGCUGAACUUGCUGCAAACAGACACGUUUGAGUCCGGAGCCCAUGUGUCCUUCUAG